AAUCAAGCGCUUUCGCUUUCGCUUGAGGAUAGAGAAUUGUGGACCAGAUUUCAGUGUAUUACGAAUGAGAUGAUUGUCACCAAGAAUGGAAGAAGAAUGUUUCCUGUAGUUAAAGUAGUAGCUCGUGGUUUGGAGCCGGCGGCAAUGUAUACCUUACUUCUAGAAUUCGUACAAAUUGACCCCCACAGAUGGAAAUACGUAAAUGGAGAAUGGGUUCCGGGUGGAAAAGCAGAAGUUGCACCACCAAACCCUAUUUAUAUUCACCCCGAGAGUCCAAAUUUUGGUGCCCAUUGGAUGAAGGAAGCUGUGUCAUUUGCAAAAGUAAAAUUAACAAACAAAUCUAACGGAAAUGGGCAAAUAAUGCUGAACUCGUUACACAAGUACGAACCGCGAGUUCAUUUAGUCCGAGUGGGUGCCGAGGAACAAAGAACGGUUCUCACAUACAGAUUUCCGGAAACGCAAUUCAUAGCGGUAACCGCUUACCAGAACGAAGAGGUAACAAGUUUAAAAAUCAAAUACAACCCGUUUGCGAAAGCAUUCCUGGAUGCGAAAGAAAGACCGACGGAUCCACAAUCUUAUCCACAAUAUGCCGGAGCUUGGUUUCUUCCACAACCAGCGAUGGGAUACGAGUACAAUCCGACGAUUGCUGUUUGCCAGAGUCAGGUAUCCAGUUCUUCCAGUAGCCUGUCCAAUUCAUGUACCAUAUCCUCGGCAAACCACAAAGGAACCUGUCGGUCAGCUCCCUAUACUCUAAGACACAAAUACAUGCAAGAUGAGCAGCACAUGGAUCCCUACAGUCCAGUGCCAAUUCUGCACUCAGCAGCCUACGUCGCAGCAACCGGAUGGUCCCCCAGGAGUCCGGAAAAUCUUUCAUCUCUAAAUUCAUCCUUAGCACCAGAGUGGCCUUCGUCUCCAUCCCCAUCUUCAACAUCCCCUUCAUCAAGUUCCUAUCCACACUCAGCUCUUGGUAGACACGGUUGUAUCACAACAACAGCAGCAACAACAGCUGCUUGUACCCUGUAUGUCCCAUCAAUCUCUUCAGGAUGUAAUCCUUCUCCUCACGAACAAAACCACUGUGCGGAUUCCUCGGUUUGGUUACAUCCUUCCUCCGUCUCGGAUCAAAUCCAGCAACAACAGCAGCAACAAUCCUACUUGAAUCUGAAUCUUCACCUACAUCAUCAAAUUGCUACAUAUCCUGGAGGUUCUCCAGGUUUACAUCAGUCUCUUCAUGCAGGAAAUUCACCAGGAAUUUCGGUUCCGCCUUCCCACGAAUACUCACAGGAUUAUCAUCAUCAAAACCACUCAGCACAUCAUCAUCAUCAAACCCAGUUGCUGCAUCUUCAACCUCACAGCGAAACAGCUUCUCCUUCUGAAACAGAAUACGAACCUCCAAAAGAUCAUCAUGAGAUUUCAUAUCCGAAUCAAAAUAAUCCAGAGGAGGUUGAAAUUUCAAAUGAAGGAGAACGUCGCUUCGUAACGACUGUGAUCGACCAUCGACAUAAUCAUCAUCAACAUGACCCCACAACUGAUGAUCAUCAAACCUCAGGAUGGACUCCACUGACAACACCGCCUGCUCCUCAAACUACUGCCAUUUGACUCGGAACUCUCUUCGACUCGCGGAUUUAUUUUAAAUCUUCGAAAGUCAUGAACUACUUUUAGAAAGAGUUUAAACUGGCGAAGCUAGAAUAGGAGAAAGUUACUUUAAUCAGGGUGGCGAUUUAUUCUGGAAACCCAAAUAAAACGAAAAAUCUUGUGAUUCAAAAUUCAGCAGAAAUU